GGUUAAAGUAGCGGUUGGCUACUAAUUGCCGCCUAGCCAUUGACUCGAUUUCGAUUUCAUCAUUUCUACUGAUUCUUGCUGAGUGAACGUCAUUUUGACUCUGUCAUUUUCCUGUGCCAUUUCGUUUUCUUGUACACGAUGUCUGCUAAACGAACUUAUUCUGCAUCUAAUGUCCUGUUUGAAGAUCCUGACUUUCCUUUUCGGGACUCUGAUGACGAUUUAAUCGAUGAAGUGGAUCAGAUUUUUCUGGAAAAUCCUAUGGAUCUACCCUUGUAUUAUCAAGUGGGUUCCGGAUUUGAGACUUCUCCGUCAUCAGCUCGUGGGUCUGUUUUUAUGGCUGGUUCCGAUGAACGUUCGAUCGAUGAGGCGAUUGUACUAACGGAGAAGUCUCGUCGGCGAAAUCAUAAGUACCAAGCCGAGGAGAUUACCUUCCGGGCCAGUAUAGAUAUGGAACGGAUGCCUCUGAACAUGCUAGGUGUUCCGAUGGUUCGAAUUCCUGAUACCAUCCGGGAACUAUUCGAGCAACUUAUUCGCCGGACGACAGCCCAUUUGGGACCCUCGGACCUCAUCCGAUUCUGCAUCCAAGCAGAAGGGUUGGACAAGCCUAUCAGCACUUCCUUAAUGGCAGUUUCGACCUUAACAGUCGAAAAGAUUUUGGCUGCUGUGAUGAAAGUGCUGCAGUCCAAGGAUAAAAUUGAGCUAGACUCAGGAUUUGCGGUGGACGUGAUCACCAUCAGGCGACCUGUGGGCGCCGGUGGUAAUAGGAAAGUCAUCAAUAUCUCCGUGGAUAGACUGAAGAUGCCAAGAUUUCUGCGCCUGGCAAUUUUGUCCAUACCCUACGAUGAGGAAGGACUGUGCUGUGCCAAAGCCAUUGUGUAUGCCCUCGCACAUCUGAAUGAGGAGAAAGCUGCUAUUAAGACCAUGAAAGAUCAUCGUCGACCAGCCCUCGUGAAGCGAGCAAGAGAGCUCCAUAUGGCUGCGAAUGUUCCUUUAGGCCCCUGCACGUUUGCGGAGAUAGCCAUAUUUGAAGAUCACCUGAUUACUCAAAUUGCCGUCUUCUCAUCGGAAAACUUGAACCGAGUGGUCUACAAAGGAAGAGAGAGGGCACAACGGAUCAAUUUGUGGCUUCACGAUGGACAUUAUGAUGUCAUUAAAUCCCUGAAAGGGUUUUUUGGCAGCAACCAUUAUUGCACAGCAUGUGAAAAGCCGUAUGAUCAUCCGGAAAGCCAUAGAUGUGCCAAUGCGUGCCCUAUAUGCCUAAGGACUGAUUGCUUUCCAGGCGUACCCCAACGAUGCCAGGAUUGUGACCGUCUCUGCCGAUCCGAUGCCUGUUAUGCAGCACACAAAGCCCUCACUGGAAACCAAGAGUUUUCACUUUGCGAUAGAGUAUACCAGUGCAGGGACUGCUGCCAAGUGAUCCGGAGGCGGGAUUGCCCUAAAGAGUUGCAUAAGUGCGGAACCACCAAAUGUCCGUCUUGCGGCCAGUUUGUCGUGGCUGCUGAGCACCGUUGUUAUUUGCGACGUGUUGCUCCGAAGAAGUCUGAUGACAAGUUCAUCUUUUUUGACUUUGAAACGGACCAGUCUUCGGGGGAGCAUCUCGUAAAUUUCGCGGUGGCUCAGUAUGCCGACGGCACAGAAAAAGUGUUUCCGGGCUACACGGCAUGCCAAGAUUUCUGCGCCUGGCUGUUCUCUACACAGCACAAGAGCUUCACCGCCGUGGCACACAACAUGAAAGAGAAGUUAAAAUACCAUAGUUUGCAUGCUUUUUAAGUACGACUAUUUUUUCAAUAUUAUUCAUAAUAUUUUUUUUACUUACAGGUUUGAUGGGCAGUUCGUGAUGGCCUGGCUCCUGGAGCAAGGUACAGCGCCGGAGGUGAUCCCUAACGGGUCUAUGAUCAUGAGUGUAAGACACCCUAGUCUGAACAUUCGGGUCAUAGACUCGUUAAAUUUUUUGCCGAUGGCGUUGGCCAAACUACCGGGAUGCUUCGGUCUCACCGAAUUAAAAAGGGUUACUUCCCGCAUCUCUUUAACUCGCG